AUGGAGAACAAGAAGAAGGCCAAUCAUGGAGAUGGCUGGCAUGAUUGUGUCCUUCCUGUACAUAGCCAAGUAGUGAAGAUCAAGAAAGAGUUUGAGAAGGUUCAUCAGCCGCAGAUGCUGAGGGUGCUUCGCUAUAUCACAGGUCCACAGCGUUCCCAUUCUCCUCUCGGGUUAGGGCAGAGAGACCGCAGACCUAUCACCGUUGGAAAAUUGAUAACAAAGAAAGAGCAAUGGAUAUAGGUUACUAUCUGUGUAUUUUAGGCUCUCUUUUGUCUUUCAAUGUAAAUAUCUUUAGUUAAUGUCAUGAGUCUCCUAUGUCAACAAA